AUGAACGCUCAACAGUCUUACACAGCAGGAUCUUACGGCAACUAUGCAUUACCAUAUGUGCAUGGACCAGUUAUCCAACAGGGAACCCAAUAUUAUACUUCUCAUCCUUAUACUAAUACUCAGUCCCAGGUAUUGCCAUCAGGUGCGACGACACCAACACCGCAGAGGCUUGGAAUGAGCCUCCCUAUGCACCACAUCGCCGGUAAUCCAGCAGCUGGAGUUGGAAUGGCCUCAAUGGGUGGUCAACCUAUUCGACGACGACCCCAAGCGUAUGCUGAGAAUUCUAUGAUGAUGCAAAGAAAGAAGGCUAAAUUGUCCGAUCGUAACAUGCCCGGAAAGAUUGAGUCAAUUGUGCCUGAAUCGCGGCUUUAUACAGAGCUGCAAGCAUUUGAGAAAAAGCUCGAUGCGACUAUCUCGCGAAAAAGAUUUGAUAUUCAAGAGGCGCUAUCGGUGCCCAUGAAGACUAGAAGGACAUUACGUGUAUUUAUAUCAAAUUUGUCAGCAAAUCAAGAUAACGUUGAUACUGUUAUGGGUUAUGACCCAUCGAAUCCACCAUCAUGGACAUUAAAAAUCGAAGGACGACUUCUUGACCCUCCAAAUUCAUCUUCUAAAAGCAAACAACCUGCACGCAAAUUUUCGUCGUUUAUAAAAUCAUUGCUCGUCGAGCUUGACGCUGGAGGUACUGUCUAUGAAGAGGGUAAUUUAAUCGAGUGGUUGAAGGCUUCAGACACGCGUGAAUACGAUGGUUUCGAAAUCAAACGUAAAGGAAAUACAAAUUGCAAAGUCAAGAUUGUAAUGCAACUUGACAGCCAGCCAGAAAAGUAUAAACUAUCGCCACAGUUGGCAUCGAUAUUAGAUAUCCAGGAAGAAACAAAGAGUCAGACGAUAAGGGCUAUGUGGCAUUAUGUCAAGCUGCAUAACCUACAAGAUCCAGAAGAUAAGCGAUAUUUUAAUUGUAAUCAGCCAUUGCGAGAGUUGUUUGGAUAUCAAAGACUGCAAUUUCCCCAAAUGGCCGAUCUAAUCAUGAGGCAACUUCAACCACUUGAUCCCAUUGUAAUAGAAUACACAGUUCGUGCUGACAAAGAAUACCAGCAAUCCAAAUAUGCUUACGAUAUAGAAAUUGUAACAGACGAUACGCUUCAAGCAAAAAUGUCGUCCAUUCUUGCAAAUUCUCUCUCACAAAAGGAAGUCUCAAUGUGUGAUGAUAAAAUUGUCCAAUGCGUACAGAGCAUCAAUAAUUCAAAGAUCAAGAGAGACUUUUUGUUACGGUUUGCCGAGUCGCCUGUUGAAUUCAUUGAAGAAUGGAUCAAGAGCCAGAGCUCGGACUUAGAGUUGAUCCUGGGUGAAAGUAAUGCAAACAUUGAAGAACAGCGUCGAAGUGAAUUCUAUAAGAAUGAUUGGGUUCACGAGGCUAUCUUCCAUUACUUAUCUGCAAAG